AUGCCAAAAUGGCGACGAGAUCGAUCUUAAUUUAGCGCAUCGUAGAACACUUGUCGUUAAUACCUCCAAAACACGAUAUUCGUACUGGAUAAUCGUAGGAUAUUGUACGCCCAAGCGAGAACGGGUUUGACUCGCUUGCCAUAUCUAAUAUCGCACCGUCGCAGGAUUAGAAGAGGGGAAAAAAACUUAUGCGACACACGUGGCUCGAGACACGUUCGCGCCUGGGCGUAUAAUUUCGCGUUAGAUUUUGUACGCGCGCGAUUUGCCAAACGAAUUUUGCCGCUUUAAGUUUAGUACAAAUACGAUGGAUCCACGUUUGCAUAGAAGAACCGAGACGGAAAAGGCACCGGGCGAUUUGAUCGUUGAAUGGUUAAAUGAGGCCUCUAUUGGCCUCUCUGAAGAAACUAAGGUUGCAAACAUAUGUAAAGUGCAGGAGCUUUUGUUGAACAAGGAACCUCAUUUGUUAGAGCAUUAUUUAGAUGAAAUUCUGCAAUUCUCGAUAGACAGAAAUGCUGAAGUCAGAAAGACUGUUACAGGAUUUAUCGAAGAAUCUGGAAUAAAGUUUCCAGAGGUAAUACCUCGUACAGUUCAAGUACUCCUUAGAUUAGCGUCCGAUGAAGCAUCAGUUGUAGCUAAACGAGCGCUUAGAGCCAGUGGUAGAAUUCUCCGAGCUGCUCUCAAGUGGAUCGCCAGUGCUGCUAUUGUUACGACGGAUAUGGAAUUAGCUUGGACACAGCUAAGUGCCCUUAAAAUUCAAAUCAUAAACAUGAUUGACAGUGAUAAUGAUGGAAUAAGAACACAGGCAGUAAAGUUCCUUGAGGGUGUGAUUUUAAUACAGACUUAUCCAGAUCCCGACAGUCCAAAGAAGCCUGAUGAUUUCUCUCUUGAAGACAUUCCGCUCACAUUGAAAAUAGCUCGUCGACGAAAGCUGGAGGAGGAAGCGAAUCACGUUAUGGAUUUGUUGAUCAAAUUUCAUGGCUCUCCACACGUCAGCAGCGUCAAUUUAAUGACGUGUAUGGGAUCUUUGGCGUUAAUCGCUAAAAUGAGACCACAGUUUAUGUCAAAUGUAAUUCAAGCAUUACAAAGGUUACAACAUGAUCUACCGCCAACACUGUCCGAUUCUCAAGUAACCAGUGUACAAAAACAAUUGAAAAUUACGCUUCUUGGACUGAUGAAACAUCCUGCUUGUAUAGAAUAUGCUUCGACCAUAGCUAAACAGUUGACUCAGCUUGGAGCAAAAGAACAAGAAAUUAUUAAAGCCUAUCCAAAACCAGAAGACGUCCGUCGGAUGAAAAAGCGUCAACAGGAAUUAGCGGCUGCCACUGCUGCGAAACGAGUAAAAAUUGAAGUGAAUUUAAUAGACGAGGCAGAAGCGGCACCAAGUCCCGUUCCCCCACCUAAAUUACCAGAAUUAAUUGAACUUUCUGAAAGUUUUAUUGCUGAGAGACUCAGUGUCGAAAUCGCAACGGAUUUAGUAAUGGAUAGUAUGGCAUGGGUUCCGGAUACUAUGACGACAAUUUUUCAAAGAGAAUAUCAACCCACAGCGACUACUGAUAUUAAUAUACAACGUCAAACGAUUGCUAAACUUCUAGCAACACAAAUCAAACAGACUAAAGCGAAAAAGAAUAAAAAAGACAAGGAAGAAGAUGCCGUAAUGGAAGAUUUAAUUAAGAAUCCCACUAUUAGUGUAGCCGAGGCAAAGCGGGAGCGUAAACGUGAAAAGGAUCGGGAAAAAGAGAAAGAAGCGAAAGCCUCAUUAGAAGCUCAUGAGAAAUCUAUUGCAAAAGCCAGGAAUCGUUUAAAAGCAUUAAAAUUAGUUGAAGUGACAAAACCACUUCCAAAAGAAACUAAAGAACGAAUGUUACUGAUGGCAGUUAAUAGGAUAUUACUUGCAGAAAAAACUGCAGUCCUUGGUGGCGUAGCUGCUGUAAGAUCUAAAAUUUUAACUACGCUAGCAGCGACUUUUAAUCCUUAUAUUAAAGAAGCUGUAUUACGUUAUAUUACUGAUGACAUGCGAAAUAGAUUAGAUUUAGCGUUAGGUUGGCUAUAUGAAGAAUAUGCAUUGCUGCAGGGAUUUCAGAGACGGACUACAUUAUGUACGAAGCCACAGGAAGCUCCACAUCAGGCAUACAACUUUUUAUUAUGCACUUUAGUUUCAGCUAUUGAUUUGAUUCAGGGUAAAGAUCGUGAUACUUUAUUAUCCAGACUUUAUCUGGAAGCACCAUUAAUAACAGAAGAUGCUGUAGAGGCUUUAAAAAUGGUAUCGUCUGACGAAACUAGAGGUCUUGUACCAUUGCAACUUCUAAAAGAAAUGGUAGUGCGUAGACCAACCAAACAACUGGUAUUUUUAAAUGUCUUAUUGUGCCACACUGGACAUGAAAACAAUACAAUACGGGAAGCUGCAAUACAAUUAGUCUGUCAAUUGUAUAGCCGACCAGAUUUAAGUAAACUGAUCGAGGAAUAUGCAGUUUUAUAUUUAGGCUUUUUACGUCUUCAUAACCCACCGGAAAUUGUUUUUGGACAAGAUAGAGGCAGACCGCAAAUCGAGAGCCAAUGGACUGAAUCAACUACACGUGCUUGUCUAGGACUGUAUCUUUCUCUUCUCACUGAACAUCAAGAUCUCAUUCACGAAUUAGCCAGAGUAUAUACGUCAAUGGGAGCAGAUGUGAAACGUAUUGUAUUAAGACUGGUAGAAGGACCAGUGAGAUCUUUGGGUAUGGGAAGUCCACAACUACUUGCACUUGUUGAAAGCUGUCCAAAAGGAUCUGAAACUUUGGUCACGAGGAUCAUACAUAUUCUUACAGAAAAAUCUGCUCCAAGCGCAGAGUUAGUAGCCAGGGUACGUGAGUUAUAUCAGACUAGAGUUUCCGAUGUCAGAUUUUUAAUACCUGUCCUGAAUGGGCUCACAAAGAAAGAGGUGAUUGCUGCAUUACCAAAAUUAAUAAAAUUAAAUCCUAUUGUCGUGAAAGAGGUGUUCAACAGAUUACUCGGGACACAUAAUAACGACAGCGGGGUACCACAUACAUCGCCUAUUACACCUGCGGAAUUAUUGAUAGCUCUACAUAAUAUAGAUUCAAGCAAGGCCGAAUUAAAGACUGUCAUUAAAGCAACAUCUCUUUGUUUCGCUGAGAAACAAGCGUACACGCAGGAAACAGUCGCUGUUGUGAUGCAACAUCUUAUGGAGAUGACACCUUUACCAACAUUAUUGAUGCGCACAGUUAUACAAAGUCUGGCCCUUUAUCCCAGGCUAAGUGGAUUUGUCAUGAACAUACUUCAACGUCUGAUUCUGAAACAAGUGUGGAAACAGCCGAAAGUGUGGGAAGGUUUCGUCAAGUGCUGCGAACGCACACAGCCACAAAGUUUCGCCGUUAUCUUGCAAUUGCCACCGGCACAGUUAGCAGAGGCACUUAGGAUGGCGAGCAAUUUACGUGCUCCCUUAUUAGCCCAUGUUGAAGCUUUUGCCGAGAAUCAGAAAGCACACAUUCCGCAAUCAAUAAUGGAUGUCAUACAGGGUAAAGUGCCCUGUGACAUGCACGAUGAGUUUGAUAUUGCACCACCUGGUGAUUAUUCGAAUGAUCAAAAACCAGAUACAAUGGAAAUUGAUCUUUCGGAACCAGCCCCUCCCGGUUUAGAUUAGCAUAAAGUCAUUCCAGUGUUAAGAUCAAAAGCAUCGUAUUUUAAUAUUAACAAGUCCGCUGUGUAACUGUACAGUAAAUUAUUCUUUUCUUUUUUUGCAUCGCUAUAUGCGACAUUUAAUUACAUAUUUCGUUGAUAUUGAUCCAUAUUUAUAUUUUCUUUUAAGUAUAUAUAUCAAUCAGCUAAUAUUUAACGUGUGUGAAUCAAAAAAUAAAAAUCAUAAACGAUUUUACAUUCAAGAGAGCAUGAUUUAGACAGCAACAAUUGAGAUAAUUAUAUAUUCGAUAUAUUUUUCUAUAAUUAGUUUGACACUGUAUACUGACCAUUAGUUUUAUAAAUCUAUUUUCUGAUCUUCAAUCUAUAACAUAAACAUUUAUUUCUAUUACAAAAUACAGUGUCUAAUUCGGUAACAGAAUAAGAAAAUGGUAUUUGACUUUUCAUAUUUAAUUAGUAUUUUGUAACCAUAUCGAAAUAUUGAUAUUUGAAAAAAUUUUGCUGUUUAAUUUUCUAUAAAUAAAUCUCUUAAUUUCGAUUAGAUUUUAAUUUUUAUUUACAUAUGUAUAUACAUAAGAACUUUCUUAUAAAGUAUUAAUUGCAUAAAUCAAUUGAAAUACAAUUUUAUUUAUCUAAAAAUCUUUCAUAUAACAUGCAUAAAGUUUUAGAAAAAAGAAAAGAUUAUAUUCUACUAUUUAACUAUUUAAUUUAGCAAAAAUUUCUUAUACAUGCAUGCAUAUAUAUAUAAAGAAUUCUCGCGAACGAUUGUUUCUCAAUCUGCAUUUCUUUCUUGUCAACUUGCUCAUGUGUAGUUAUAAACAGUUUUGUUUUAUAGUAUGUUUUAUAGUUUGUUCAAAAAUUAUUGUAUUGCAUUGUGAUUAUUACAAAAAAAUAAUGAAAUCAUUAUAAU